AUUUUUGUAGGGGCUAGAAAGUGUCUGCAGCGCCUCACAAUGGAGGAGAAAAAGUAGGGGACAUGCUAGCAUACAUGUACUCAUUUUGUCCCAGACUCCAGUUAGCUCGAGCUUUAGCAGCCAGAUGCAUAAUGGCCACAAAGCAAAAGUCAGGAAGAUCCUCAGGUGCACGAGGGUUAGGCAACGAGAGACACAUAGUUUGAUUCUUCUCUAGGCUUUUGCGUUUGCGGCAUGUGAAGGCGUGUCUCUGCGUUUCUUCGCUCUCAAGUGGUGGCAGCUCAGGUUGGACUUAUUUCUUAGAUGUUGCAUCUUGAGGUGUUAGAAACAUUGGUUUGAAACCUGGGACUUCCAAAUAGCCAAAAUGCUGCCCAGUCCCCACAUUCGGCGAACUAGCAUGGCUGGAGAGGCCCCCCUGCAGAUCGCUUUUCUGGACGUUGAAACCACCAUACCCUCGAAGAAGGGCGAGCAGUAUGAGCUGCUUGAGUUUGCGGCAGUCGUGCUGGCAGCGGAGGGGUUCUACGAGGUGUUCUCCUUUUCGACGCUCGUACGGCCAGCGGAUUUGACUCUCAUCACACCCAAGAGUGUUGCUUGCAACGGGAUCACGGGGGAGAAGUGCGAGGGCGCCCCUCGUUUUGCGGAGGUUGCGGAGCAGAUCUACAGGAUUCUACACGGCCGAGUAUGGGCCGGCCACAACAUCGUCAAGUUUGACAAUCUGCGGAUUCGAGAAGCAUUUCAAAAGUGCAACCAGACCGCUCCCGAGCCGCUCGGAGUGAUCGACACGCUGCCGCUGCUGCGGUCCAAGUUUGGCAUGCGGGCCGGAAACCUCAAGAUGGCGAGGCUGGGCGAGUAUUGCGGGCUUGGGAAACAGGAGCACAGGAGCCUCGAGGACUGCCGAAUGAACAUCGAGAUCCUGAAGCACUGCGCAGCGAUGCUCUUUCUGGAAGCCAACUUCGCGGACAUCUUCUCUCCCUCCACUCUGGCAGCCGUCUUGUCCUCUAGCGCAAGCUCCCCCCUCUCGUCCUCUGGCCAUGCAAAGCGGCUCGCCGAGCGCGGGCUGCCCCCCCGAAGCGGGGAGAGGACGCCGCCCGUCUCCAUCCUUCCGUCUAGCGAGGAGCCACCAUCCGAUGGCGGAGUCUCUGCCGUUCAGGCCGUCAGCACCGCCGCCUUCCUCCACGCCCUCGACAAAUCUUCCCAGACCCCCCCACAAGACGGCCGCCCCCCAACCGACGCCCUCAUCAGCAGCCUGGCCGCCCUGAGCCUCGCAGGGGGGGGUCCCGUUCCGGGGGGUUCCCAAAAUCCCCCUCGCUCGCAAAGCCCAUUCUCCGGGAUCCAUAUGGGCAGCCCAGCAGAAAGGGCCCAAAUGCCCAGCACCCCCGGAAAGGACCCCCCCGGGCCGCAACUGUCCCCUUACGGGACUGAGAUUAGGCUCGCGAAAGAUAGACUUCCACAGGUAAAAAGCGCGCCCGCGUUGCAGCGGGGGGCAUCGCUGGACAGCGGUCUGCCAGUGGCUUACGCUGCGAGGAGCCCGUCGCAAACCGGGGGGUCAGAUCCGCACUCGGAGAUCCCCCCCGAAGGGAGCGCGACACAAAACGGGGGCCAGGAUCUGCAGGGGGAAGGCCCCCCCAAGGGGGGCAGUAUGCGAACGGGGGGGUCGGACUCGCAGUGGAAGGGACCGGAGGAGGAGGAGCGGCUCCGGUUCUUGGGAGAGAACGAGAUUGCGGAUAAGGUGGUUAACUGGCUUAACCAGGUUCCGGCAGUUGACGUUUGGGCAGAACCGGAGGGACAUGGGCCGGAUCUCAGCGACUCGCCAGCUGUCGGGCGGCCAUUGGUUGGUGUAGACAAUAAGGGGCAUGCGGGGAGGGGGGACAGGUAUGAGAAGGGGGGGCCAGCUUUGCAAGGAACGGCGCCUCCCCAAGCGAAAAGCUCUGGAGCAGCCCGGCUGAAAGGGGACGAGGCCGAGCGCACCAGGACUGUGCUUGAGACCAACGGGAGUGUUACUGGGAGAGGUAGUAACACCAGGGAGGAUAUUCACACUAACGGGGGAGCUGACACUGGGGGCGAAUAUCACACGAAGGUCCUUGAGGUUGCGCGUGUAGCAGCUAACCAGGAUCUGCCGGAAGAAGAAGAGGUGCUUCGCCGGUGGUCGCACGGAUCCCGUAGCGGGAGCGCGCGAAAGUCGAUGAGCAGCGGAAACUCCGCGAACCGGUUGGCGGCGUUAGCGGAGAACGAGGAGAUCGUUGCGGACUCAAACGGGUCGAAUCGCCGGUGGUCGCUCGACUCGGGUUACCGGGACAACCCGGGGUUAGCGCGGGAGGACCACUUCCGGUACGACGACGAGGACGUGCCAGAUGGCGAGUCGCCAUUGGAGGAGCCCGAGCCGCCCGCGACCCCUGACUUCCAACCGAAGCGGAAAUUCAUAUGCUUUCCCACGCUCCAGAAACUGGUCGGAAAGAGCAAAACGGGGAGGGUUAGCACUAACCGGGAGGCUGACCGCCUGAUCAUAGCGCAUCGCGAGUCAGUUGACAGCGGGCCUGUAGGGUUCCAGUCUGCGAGGGAGAGUAGUUUGGAUCCGUUGAGUCAGUCGUAUGGUGGGUAUACAGAGGAGGCGUAUGUUACUGUGGGAUCAAGCCCUGCAAGCACGUCUACGCUAGGCCUGGAGGCGGGGAAUCGAGAUUCCGGUGCCUACCCCGAGACCUCCUUCUUCGGCCCAAACGCCGUCUUCGACCCCCUCGCAAUUCCCCUCGAGAGCCCCUCCCGCCGCUACUCCUCCGCCCACAUGGCCAUCGACCUCCCGCUCACACGGUACCCCCCCCCUCGCCGCUCCUCGUACGACCCCCCUGGCGCGGUGCCGUCCCCCGGUGUCCACGGAAACAACUCCCCCGGUUUCGCCGAGGGGGGGUUCCCCCGCGCGACCGGCGACCGCUACUUCGUCAUGCGGGCGCCCCCCCGGCACAGCCCGCCGGGGGGCUUCGCUGACGCCAGCACGGGCCUUGCUGACGUCAGCAGCUCGGGGCGGGACCGCGGCGAGUUCGCGAAGAGGGGACCGCUCGGGCACGUGUUACAGCCCCCCGACGAUUACUCUCCGGCGGAGACGCUCCGGGGGCCGUACGUCGAAACGUCGAGCAGCGACGUGGCGACGUCGUGGACCCGGGGGGAGAGCGGGGCGACCCCCAGGCGGAAAACGGGGGGAAAAGGGUCGCCGGUGUGGCCCGCGUACGCCCCCCGGGAAGUGAACGUGGACUUGCUGCACGUGGUUGAGUCGGUCCAUCAUGCAGGCCCCCCCUCCCUGACGAUCCACUUCGGCGACACCCCCCUCCGGGUGCAGGAGCACCAGAUGCGGCUGCGCUUCAGCGUCGGGGACUCGUACGCGUACGAUGCGCACGGCCGCCCGACGUUCUCCGUCGUGGGGGAGCCUUCGACGGAGCUCAAGAACUUCCUGGAGGGGUGUGACGUCAUGCUGCGUCAGCAGCUGAGCCCGCGUGUGGGGCCGGCCGUGUGGCGCCGCACGGUCGUCCAAAAGGAAGGCGAGGUGGAUUCGAUCCGUAUUCGGAUCGGCGCCCGGGGACACCAGCAGACCGCCACGUAUACCACCAAGUUCCUCCGACGGAAACGCUCCGGAAAGGGCAUCGAACGACUGCCACUUGGCGUCGUUGACCCGCUCAUUUUCCGGAGCUUCUUCCCACACGGCUGUGUAGUUGACGUGGCUUUCACGAUAGAGACGUCCUGCGUUGAGGGGUACGCGGGGUGUAGAUUAGUCGCGAGCGAACUGACCCUGGUCUAACGUAGACUGAUGACACGGUUGAGCAAACGGGAAUGACUGUGACUAAUUUUGGGGUUAACGGUGAGGGAGGUACUAACCACAGUCUGCGAGGCACCCCAGCUCCUUUAGAAACUGAUCGACAAGGAACUAACCGUGCGGAGGUGCGCAAAGGCUCCGCUUAGGGUGAGGAUUGACCCCCAGUAAAUGCCCAAAGCGUGCCGUCUUCACAAUGCAGCCCUGCCGCCUCGAUUGCCUUGACUCUGACAGCUGACGCGUCUCAGGUUGUUAGAGAGUGGCCUGCAGUUGACCUGACAAAUUCUAGGCUAGCUUGUCCAGGAUCGGACAUGGUCAUGUGACACUAACAGUCCUCUUCGGUCCUAUGGCUGGCUAACGCUGCCACGUUCUGAC